AUGUAUGCGGAUGAUCUUCUUGUGUUUGGGGUUGCCUCUAUACCAAAUGCUAGUAAACUCAAGGAUGCUCUGGAUCUCUUUGCCAACUCUUCCGGUCUUCAUGUUAAUCUUGAUAAAAGCACAAUUAUCUUCAACAAGAAUGCCACCUUCGAAUGUGAAAACUCAGCUCUUUUGGGGAUUCAGAGGAGGGAUUCUUUCCUUACUUAUCUUGGAUUACCUAUCUCUCCUUCCAACCUUAAGCACAUCCAUUUCUCUCCCCUGCUUACUAAAGUUUCUGCGCUUUUGGAUGGUUGGAAAGUGAGGUUCCUCUCUUUUGUUGGACGGGUCCAAUAUCUUAAGUUUACUCUGGCUAACACUAUAGCCUACUGGAUUAGGUGGUCUAUAUUACCUAAGGGUUAUCGUGCUACUUUUUCAAAACUUUGUGCUAGAUUCUUAUAUCAUGGGAAUACUAAUGAGAGGAAGCUUCAACUUUUUUCCUGGAAACUUACUGCCUCUCCUAAAGUUUUUGGUGGCCUUGGUAUUCCAUAUGUGAAGGCUUUAUAUUUUGGUACUUCUUGUGCUUAUAUCUGGCGUAUUUAUAAGAAUAAUACCCUUUUUAGCACUUGGGUGACGGCUAAAUAUGUUUCUCUCUGGAAACCGCCACCUCUUGCUGCUUCGAAAUUAUGGAAGCAGUUAUGUCACACUGCACAGGUUAUUAAAAGCAGGAUUGGCUUUGCUGUUGCACCAUUGUGCCAAUUUUCUAUGUUCUGGGACCCGUGGUGUUUGGGGAAUUUCAUUUCUGAUUUGGUGGAGGAUUGGAACUUUGAUAAUCAAACUGUUGCCAAUUUUAUUGUUAAUGGGGUUUGGUGCUUCCCGGAUUUCAUUCCUGAAGGUGUCAGGAAUUUCAUUAGUGGUAUCACUAUUCUUGAGCAACCGGAUAUUCUCCUGGAUGGCUCCAACUCCCCUUCUCUUCAGAACUUUACUGCCAUCCUUUACGCCAAUCUGAAUUCUGUUAACUGGUGUAAAUUCAUUUUGCAUAAGAAAUAUUCUAUGCGGUUCUCUUGCUACUCCUGGAUGGCGGUUCAUGGGAGGUUCAAAUGUGCGGAUGUGUUAUUGGCCCGUGGCAUUGUUGUUGAUCCUCUUUUCUUGUUUUGCAAAUCUUUUCCGGAAUCUCACCAGCACUUGUUUUUCAAUUGUGAUUUUUCUUUCACUGUUAUUCCGGAGUUAAUGCCUCUUUUUGGGAGGUUUUUUCUUAGGCCCACUCUGUUGCAAGCAUUUGAUUUUCUGGAGAAUGUUCCUGCCUUCAAUUGUUUGGAGAAACAAUUCUGUUUCCUUCUCUUAAACUGCACCAUUUAUCAUUUAUGGAGAGAAAGAAACAACAGGUGUUUCUCUCAUACCUGGAGAUCUCCAUAUACUGUUGGACUGGUUAUUAAAGAGGCUUUUUUGGCAAAAACUAAAAUGUGGAAGAAUGGAGAUCAGCUCAAAGAUAAGUUUCCUGGUUUUUUCUAG